AAAAUUAGGUUAAAAAUGAUUAAAAACAAAACAUAUAUUUUGAUAUUCGUGCACUUAUUAAACUAUGCAAAUAUUAAAAUGUUUGAAAUAAACGAUGUAGUUGCAAUUGAACAAAACAACCUUAUAGCUGUAUUUGAAGCUUUACCAAAUGAAUAUGAAAUAUCUUUUGAAUGUUUUUUAACUUCUUUUUUAAAUACAUGGUCUAACGCAAUUCAUUUUACAAUAGAUGAUAAUCAAAGUAAAUACGGUGACAGAACUUUCAGUUUGUUUUUUUCAAACAGCGAUGCCCUAAUUGGUUUAUCAAUCAGUGGAAUGAAUAAUUAUUACACAGUGCUUUCUUCACCAUGUAAUUUGAUGGAGUGGAAUAAGUUUUUUAUUAGUCAAUUUUUUUUGAAUGGAGUCUACAAUUAUGUUAUCAAAAUGAAUGGAGCAGUUAUCAUUUCAUUACAAAAUACCAAUGCACAACCUUUUGAAUACGUGAGAGUAUAUACAAGCGAUCCCUGGUAUCCUGCACAACCAGGAUACAUAAGAAACUUAGUUGUGAGAAAUGCAAAUACUAUGUCUUUUUUUACGGUUAACAGUCAACUGGUUUUACGUGAAGGCAAUCGUCUAACCACAUUAAAAAUAUUACCUAAAGAGUAUGAAAUAACAUUUGAAGCAUAUUUUACUUCAUAUUUAACAAACACAUGGUCAGAAGUAAUAACUUUAUUAAGUGGACAAGAACGAGUUCUGGUGAUUAACAUUUAUAAUUCUGUUUUAAAUGCUUGCGCGUCACUUAGUGGUUUUAAUGGCUACUGCAAAGAUGUAAAAUCAUACAACUUGAAUGAAUGGAUAAAAUUUUUUGUAAAACAAAGUUUCUUAAACGGAAACUACGAUCAUGUUGUUCAAAUUGCUGGAAUUACCGUUGAUGCGGUUCAAAACACUGCUGCAAAAACCUUUCAAAAUGUUGCUGUUUUUGCUGGUGCCAUUGAUGCACAACCAGGAUAUUUACGAAAUUUAAUUGUUAUAAACGCAUGUCCAAUUUGCGAUAUAACAUCAAUGCUGUCCGACAAUAGCUAUGAAAGUGGAGAAAUAUAUCUGCGUGUAAAUAUAAUAACAAAUCCAGAAUGUUUAAGCUAUUUUCAGAAUGUGAAAAUCAUCAUGCAACCUGAGUCACUGUUAACUUUCAAGAGAUUUGUUUGGCUUGGUUCAAGAAUAAAUGCUUCUAAUGUUCAGGAAAACGGCAAAUCUUUUAUUAUUAAUGUAGCAAGAGUUACUAAAAAACUGUACACAACCUUUGCAAUUGUUUUUAAUUACAAAAGUGUACUUAACAAUAAAAACGUUUUUAUCAAUGCUGAUUACAGCUGGAAUUAUUUUUGUGAAGAUCUUAGCAUGAAAUACAAAAAUCAAAAAAUUAUGGUACCACUUAAUAAACUAAUAUCACCAGUAAAUAAGAUUACUCCAACAUGGAAUUACGGACAACCAAGCAAAACAUCAUUGUUGUAUGAAACGCAUCAGUUUGUAUGUCAGACCAUUCAAAAGAGACAAUCUAGCCCUUGUUAUCAGCGUGAAAUAUCAUCUGGAGUAAUUACCUUUCUCCCAAUUCAAGUAAUGCAGAUUAUUGGUUACGAUUCCAACACCACAUUAAUUUAUGGACUUACAACAAGAAAUAAUUUAAUUGAAUUUAACAUGACCAGAAGAGAACCUUUCGUAAUCACAAAAGAAAGAUGUUUGAAAAUAUCUGUUUGUGAGAAGUUUUUAAGCAGAAAGUGACGUUUUAUUUUAAUUUUAUUUAAUA